AUGGAGCGAUUUCAAGAUGUUAUUACAUUGAAUAUUCCAAACUGGUAUAGCAAACCGUUUGAAGUCCAAGCAGUCGAUUGCGAAGACGACGUUCAGGAGGAGCUAAUUGAAUUGCAAAACGAUAAUGAGGCCACAAUGCGAUAUCGGUUUCAUGGCAAAGAAGGUUUGUGGUUUCAUCAAAGUAUAUUGAAUUCUUACCCCAACCUUUGGAAACAUUUGAAAUUAAUGUUGCUUGCCUUCCCAACGUCGUACUUGGUCGAAUAUGGUUUCAGUCACGUUGGUACUUUACUUUCUAAAAGCAGAAGUGGACUGGAUGUGGCCAAACGAGGAGACUUACAAUUAAAAUCGACAAAUUUGCAACGAAAUCUGUCUGCACUCGCUGCGUCGCAUCAGCCUCAAGGAUCACAGUGA